AUGAAGGGAGGCUUAAACAAUAAGAGGAAGGAAGGUGGCGCUCCUUCAAACAGCUUGAAUCGCAACACAAGUAAUGCGAAUAGCUCAGGCGGCUUCUACGAAACAGAAGAAAUCACCAAGGGAUUUAAUGACCGUCUGAACUAUCUAUUAAUCAAUAGUAUUUCGCACGAUGCUGUGGUAACCGUCACAUCUGGUGUGAAAUACGCUGGUUUACUAGUGGCGUGUAAUCCUGACAGCGUGAAUGGUGUGGACGUUGUCUUGAAAUUCCCUAAAAUCAUUGAUAAGAGUUUUGGUGGGGAAGAGGUUGAUCGUUUGUCUGAUAACUUGAAAGAAAAUCUAGUCAUCAAGGGGAGCGACGUCGCGGAAUUAGAACUGACCAACAUUGAUUUUUCUCUUGACCAAAAAUGGGAAAAAUUAAAGAAGGAGGAAGCACAAGAGAGACAGGUCGAGGCUUCGCGUGCUUCUGAGACCAAGAAAAGUUAUCAAUUCAAGACUGACGUCGAUAUUUCUGGUGGAAAUGCGAAACUCAAGGAAAGAGAACUUCAGAAAUGGGUUCCUGACGAUCAUGAGACCUUCGACAUCAGUGAUUCUUUAGAAAACGAGGAUGCUUCCUGGAAUCAAUUCGCGGUAAAUGAGGAGAAAUUUGGCAUAAAAUCCUCUUUUGAUGAACAUCUAUACACUACAAGAAUAAACAAGAAUGAUCCUCACUAUCAGGAAAAACUAAAGGAGGCUGACAGAAUUGCAAAAGAGAUUGAAUCGCAAGGCCCAACUUCAAAUGUUCAUUUGGCUGAGGACCGUGGACUUAUUGUAGAUGAUUCUGGUAUGGAUGAAGAGGACAAAUAUUCGGGAGUUGACCGUAGAGGAGACGAACUGCUCGCAGCCUUGAAAAUGAACGCUGAUAAAAAUCCCCCAAAGCCCAAAAAAUACGUUCCUCCUACCUUAAGAAACCAACCUCAUCAUAACGAUCCUGCCAUCAUUUCGUCAGUUACCGCAGAAAACGGCAUUCACAAAUCUGAAAGAAGUUCUCAUUCUAAGGCUCACUUGCCCCAGGCUCCUAGAAAAUCGUCUGAUAAAAAAACCCAUAUUGAUGAGCUAAGAGAGUUCUCCGAAAAGUUCAAGGUUCCAUAUGAAAUGCCAGAGGAGGUCAAGACGAUCUUCAAGAAGGGGGAAGGCCAUUCGCCACAGAUUACGGCUUCUUCAUUGAAGCAUAAUCCAUCCCUUCCACCCAAACCUGUCUCGCAAACUUCCUCAGGCUCCACGUCUACAUCGUCUAGCAAAAACACAAGGAACUCCAAACCACCAACACCAAAUGUUGCUAAAGCAGAAUUGAGAAGAAAUUCAAGCAGAAUGAAUUCUCAAGGCCAGACUCCUGCACCUUCACCAUCUUCAAACAGAUACGCUGACAUCUCAAGAAGACGUAACGUCAGCUCAGGAUCAUUUUUUGGAGCUAAAGCACCUCCAUUUGACGGUGUCAAAAAGGAUUUAACUAGAAAUUUUAACGUAUUUUUGAAGUCCAAGGAGGCACAUGAUAAGGAGCAAAAAGCCAAGAAGACCGAGGCAAAGACUAUGGAACCCUUUUUUGUUGGAAAACCUUACUUCACUGCUCCUACAUGGACGAGUACCAUUGAGCAAUCAUAUAAGUCGUUCUUUCCUGAUAAGAGAACCGCUAUUCAAAGAUCUCAAAUGAAAAUCCAACAACGGAAUUUCAAUGCAAUGGCGAAUGCGGGAAAUACACAUAUGGUUGGAAUGCCUGGUAUGAUGAUGGGCAUGCCAAUGGGACCGAGUGGCUCCCCAACUCCUUUCCUUGCCGGCCCACCUUCGAGCGGUGGAAUGUAUAUGCCUUUUCAACCUCCCGGAUUUUAUCCGCCUGCUAUGCAAAUGAUGCCUGUUGGCAGUGAAGAGAUGGGUAGUGCUGGAGGAAGUCCCUCUCCAAACCCAGCUUCCCCUCAUGCGAUGGCCGCAUUCAUGAAUGGCGGAGCGAAUGGCGUACCAAUGACCCCAUUUGGGUAUCCGGGCGCUAUGUCAUUUCAACCCAUGAUGGGUGGAGGAAACUACAGACAGAAUUACCACCAUAAUAACAGCAACAACCAGCACCAUAACCGACAUCACAGAUCUCACGACCGUUAG